CUGGGUGACACAACCAUACGCUGCCAGUCCCAGGGUUACAGGCAGGCAACAAGCUGUGUGGGCGCGCGGUGCGUGCCGCAACCGCCGAUAGCUCGACUCGCUCGGCAGGAGGUCGCCCCUCGCCCCGCGACCCCUGACCCCGCGGCUCCCUUCGUAGGCGCGACAUCGAGCGCUGCAGCGCGCAUGCGCGGCGAUAGCACGCCGAGUCCGCCGCCAGUGCUGCCAUGUCCAGUGAGAGGAGGGUCACUGCUAGCUCGUGACCGCGUGCUCUGGUGGUGGCAACAUUUGUUAACGGGUAAGUAUGUUCGUGAGGCCGUCGCUUAA